GAACAGGAUCCAGCUGAAGCGAUCCGGGAUCCUCAGGAUGGCCCUCAGCGGCUCCGCAGACCCCCUGCUCCAGGAGGAAGAGGGGGAGGAUGGCAACAGGCAGCCCUCUUUCCUGCUCAGGGCCGUGCGGAUCGCCACGGUGGUCUCUCUGUACUGGUUCAUCUCCAUCACCAUGGUCUUCCUCAACAAGUACCUGCUGGGCAGCCCCUCGCUGCGCCUCAACGCCCCGCUUUUUGUCACCUUCUACCAGUGCUUUGUCACCGUCCUCAUCUGUAAGGGGCUGAGCCUUCUGGCCUCCUGCUGCCCACAGAGCUACCUGGACUUCCCCUCUAUCCGCAUGGACCUCAAGGUGUCCCGCAGCGUCUUGCCCCUCUCGGUGGUCUUUAUCGGCAUGAUCACCUUCAACAACCUGUGUCUCAAAUAUGUCGGCGUGGCUUUCUACAACGUGGGUCGCUCCCUCACCACGGUCUUCAACGUGCUGCUUUCUUACCUGCUGCUGAAGCAAACCACUUCCCUCUAUGCCCUUUUGACUUGUGGGGUGAUCAUAGGUGGCUUCUGGCUUGGUAUAGAUCAAGAGGGAGCAGAAGGUACUUUGUCGUGGGCUGGCAUCGUCUUUGGAAUCCUGGCCAGUCUCUGCGUCUCACUGAAUGCAAUUUACACUAAAAAAGUCCUGCCUGCUGUGGAUGGCAGCAUCUGGCGCCUGACUUUCUAUAACAAUAUUAAUGCCUGUGUCUUAUUCUUGCCAUUCAUGUUGCUCUCUGGCGAAUUUCAGACUCUAUACCGCUUUGAUAAGCUGGGAAACCUCUACUUCUGGGGCAUGAUGACCCUGAGCGGGCUGUUUGGAUUUGCCAUUGGUUAUGUGACAGGGCUCCAGAUAAAAUUUACCAGCCCUCUAACCCACAAUGUCUCUGGGACAGCCAAGGCAUGUGCCCAGACAGUACUAGCUGUCUGCUACUAUGAAGAAACAAAGAGCUUCUUAUGGUGGACCAGCAACAUGAUGGUGCUAGGUGGCUCCUUUGCCUACACAUGGGUGAAAGGUUUGGAAAUGAAGAAGGUCCAGGAGGAACCUGCUCCAAAAGCAAAUGAGAAAAAUGAGACUGGUGUCUAAACUAAUCCAGCCUGCACCUCGCUAUGUGCAUGUCUCAACUCCAAGUGUGCAUGGAACUGAGCCUCAAUGGAAGAGACUGGGUUUGAGGCUUG